UCAAACUAAGCACACAUCUGCAGCACACACAAAGCAUAUAUUCCCACCAAGCCACCAUGGUGCACUACGAUGCCACGAAAUGCCACGUGGACGCCGAGGUGAUCAUCACGACUGCCGUGGCGUCCACGUGGACCGUGGCCCCGGCGCUGCCGCUGCAGGAGCACCGGCUGCCGCUCUCCAACCUCGACCUCCUCCUGCCCCCCAUCGACGUCGGCGUCUUCUUCUGCUACGCCUCCGGCAACGGCAACGACGACGAUGUCCCCUCGGCGUUGGCCCUGAAGGCGGCGCUGGCCAAGGUGCUGGUGCCGUACUACCCGCUGGCCGGCGAGGUCGUUGCCACCGCCGCCGGCGAGCCGGAGCUGCUCUGCAGCGGCCGCGGCGUCGACUUCACGGAGGCCACCGCCGCCGGCGCCGAGCUGAGGCAGGUCCGGCUAUCCAUGCCGGACGAGAGCGCGGACAAGCUGGUGCCCGCCAAGAAGUCCGGGGUCAUGAGCGUGCAGUUCACGAAGUUCAAGUGCGGGGGCGCCGUGGUGGGCUGCGUGUUCGACCACCGGGUCUGCGACGCCUACUCCUUCAACAUGUUCCUCGUGGCAUGGGCCAACGCAGCCCGUGGCGGAAGCAGCUCCGUCUCGCCGGCUCCAUCCUUCGACCGCUCAUUCCUCGCUCCGAGGAACGGCAUUAGCAGCAGCGUGGACACGCUGGCCGACCGCCUCUUCGUCCCCGUCAGCCGCGUGCCGCCGCCAUCCACGUCGGCAGCUCCUGCGGCGGCCACGGAGGCUUUCAACCGCAUCUACCACGUGUCCGCGGCCGACGUGGCGGCGCUGCAGGCCGCGGCGGGGCCCGGGCGCACGAAGCUCGAGGCGUUCACGGCCCACCUCUGGCAGCUCUACGCCAUGGCUGCGGACACGUCAGACCGCCGCCCGUCGUGCCGCGUCAGCAUGGGCGUGGUCGUGGACGGGCGCUCCCGCCUGCGCCCGGACGGCGCCAUGGGUGCCUACUUCGGGAACGUGCUGACCAUCCCCUACGGGAUCCUCGGCGCCGGCGACCUACGUGGCAUGGCGCUCGCCGACGUGGCGGCCGACGUGCACGGGUGGGUGUCCGAGGCGGCGAGCGGGGAGCGCUUCCGCGGGCUCGUGGAGUGGGUGGAGGCCCAUCGGCCCGAGCCCACGGUGGCCAGGGCCUACCUGGGGGCCGGGGAGUCGGAUUCGAUGGUCUGCGUGGUGUCGUCGGGGAUGAGGCUUCCGGUCGGGGAAGUGGACUUCGGGACGGGCCGGCCCGCGUUCGCGUCGUACCACUUCCCGUGGCCCGGGGGCGCCGGGUACGUGAUGCCGAUGCCCAGCGCGCGCGCCGGGUCAGGGGACUGGGUGGUGUACGUGCACGCGGCGCCGGAGCUGGUGAGGGCCAUGGAGCAGGAGCCCACGGUGUUCAGAGCGCCCGACGGCCGCCGCAUAUUUGGGUGAUUUUGCAUUGGUCGAUGGACAUAUAUGCAUGCAUGUAAGGCACGUAAAUUUCCCAUGUGUGGUUUACGGUUUCAUCGUCUACGUACGUGUGCUUGUAAGCGUACGUACUGUGUGUAUUCUGAUCUCCGUGGUAGUGCAUGAUUUCACUCACUUUGUGAUGUAAAGUUGUGUGUACAUAGAAGGGCACGCGAGAUCUUGUAUCACCUGGGGCUAGCUAGCAGAAUGAUGAUGAAACAAGGGGAGCAGUGCUCUGGCUAGUCUCCAGCCCAAUACUACACGGUGUUACAAUUAGCCCACAAAAAAAGACUUUAAAUCCUCC